AUGAGUAACUUUGAGCAUCUUGGGAUUGAUACCUGGCUUGCCAAGCAGUGUGCCUAUAUGGCUCUCAAUGAGCCUACACCCAUCCAACGGAUCUGUAUUCCACCUAUUCUGGCUGGCAAACAUGUCGUUGGCGGUGCGGCCACUGGUAGCGGUAAAACUGCAGCCUUCUCCCUGCCGAUCCUUCAAAUCCUCUCGGAGGAUGUUUACGGGGUGUUCGCGCUUGUGUUGACGCCAUCUCGGGAGUUGGCCUAUCAAAUUGCGGAUCAUUUCAUCGCCCUCGGGGCACCGUUGCGUAUACGCAUAAUGUUGGCGAUCGGCGGCGUGCAUCAUGACAGUCAGCUCGAUGCCAUCAAAUCCAGGCCACAUGUCGUCGUCGCAACACCAGGGCGCCUGCGGCAUUUGCUAACUACCUUUUCCACUGAGACCGCAAAGGCCUUUUCAUAUCUGAGGUUCCUCGUUUUAGAUGAAGCGGAUAGGUUAACGGAGGGUGACAUCUACGGAGACGUGCGGCAUCUCUUGAGCUCCUUGCUACCGCCCACAACUCGCCGACAGGUGCUUAUGUUUACAGCGACACUGCAACCUCGAUUAACUUACCUUCCUUCUGACACGUCAAAAGAAAAUGGAACUGAUGAUUUGCAUGGUAAUCUUGAGGCUGGAGAAGAUACAAAAAGCGAGAUGAAUUUGUUGUCGUUGCUUGGUAUUCAUUCAAAGGAACAAUUUGAGGUGCAUAUGUGCGGUUCCUCUGAGCAUAUUUUUCAAAAACAAGUGGGUAAUAACGCAGGAGUAGAUUCCACAAACCCAGGGGCCUCCGAAAAGCGUGAUGCAGAUCCAGGUUCUACAGACGAAAAGGAUGGCGAAUCUCGCCGAUCCCAAUCUUCUCAGCUCUCAAGGCAAGUUUUUCCUGAUAAACUUCAACAAGCCUACCUAUUCGUCCCAAACGCUGUCAAAUUGCCUUACCUAGUGGCAGCACUGCGGGCGCAAGGUAAGGAUCAGUGCACACUUGUUUUCGCCAACUCCUGUCUUCGAGCUGAGCUAGUGCGCCUGGUCCUGCAGCUUCUUGGUUUCCCUGUUUGUAGCCUAGAUUCCCUACUCACCCAGAAGCACCGUCUCGAUAGUUUGGCACUAUUUAAGCUUAGCAUUGCGCGCAUCAUGGUGGCCACUGAUAUCGCUGCACGUGGGCUGGAUAUCCCAAACGUCAAUUUGGUGAUCCACUACGACGUGCCCAAAUAUGCAUCCACAUACGUGCACCGCGUCGGUCGCACGGCGCGUGCGGGAUGCGAGGGUACCUCCGUUGCCAUCAUCACGGAAAACGAUGUUGAGCUUGUCCAUCGAAUUGAAAGGGAUCUGAAAAUUAAGAUGACAUUGUGGAAGGAAAAGGCGGUGAAGAAAGAAGAUCAGGUUUUGUCGAUUUUAGACGAGGUUUCAAACGCAAAAGUGCAGGCCAAACAACAGGUCUUAGAAAAAUUCGGUUCGCGUGUGAUGACGCUAAAGGAACAAGUUGCUGAAAAGCGUUCCUUCGCACAGCAAAAUGCCCUGCGAGGAACUCAACGAAGUCAGGGAACGCAAAAGCCUGCAGAAGAGGACGGAACCUCUACCUUGUCUAAACUCAGCAAAAAGGAUAAGGUGGAGGAUCAAAGAAAACCACGCGCAUCGCCACGAAAGGAAGAGGACGAGAGCGAAGACACCAGCCAUCGGUGUAAACAACCCAGUGAAAUACGAGGGGGGAAGAGGAAGAGUAGCUCUCAUAGCAGUCAAAGGGUUUCAGACGCCAAUGCCCCUUUGGUAAUCAGUGAAACGCUUGCCAGUGGUAACGCCGACGAGGAGACUCCGCGAGCUGCAGGCAAACGAUCCCGGUCUGCGCGUGAUAAGGAGGGACAAAAGAAGCUUACACGAAGUGAACGUACACUAAAGGGCAAAUUGAAGAUAAAAAGAAAGGCAUGA